AAAGAAGAACAACUUCUAUGGACUAAAAUGUCUACCAGAUCUAACCACCAUACCAAGCUCUUUUGAAACGUUCAUAGUGAAAGACUAAGGAAUUUUUUCUUUGAUUUUCUGGUUCAGCGCUGAUCAACUGAUUAACUCGACCAGAAGGAAAUAUUCAUUAUGGCCACUAAAGAAGUAAAUCCCGAGAAAAUUGGACAGGAAACCACCCCUGUCCACCGCAUCAGGAUCACCUUGUCCUCACGUAACGUCAGUUCUCUGCAGAAAGUCUGUAAAGAUUUGAUCAAUGAAGCCAAAAAGAAGAACGUAAAGGUUAAGGGGCCUGUACCUAUGCCAACCAAAACACUCCGUAUUACCACCCGUAAAACUCCUUGUGGUGAAGGUUCUAAAACUUGGGACAGAUUCCAGAUGAGAAUUCACAAAAGGGUUAUCGAUUUACACUCGCCUUCCGAAGUUGUCAAGGAAAUUACCUCAAUUUCUAUUGAACCUGGUGUAGAUGUUGAAGUUACUAUUGCUGACGAAUAAGUUUUAGGAUGUUAAUUUCUAAUAAAAAAGUCUUAAAAUAAAA